GAAGUUCAAUGUCCAAGAAAGUCGAUUCUGUUCCAAAAUGGACCUGUGGCAGCUGGCUGCAGACGCGCUGGCCCACAAUAAGAAAGCCGCUCUUCUGAUCGGCGGGGCUGGCGUUGCCGUUUUGGGACUAGGUCUUGGUUAUAAAUACCUGCGAAAGCCAGAAAAAGUUGUUCGUGUAGGCGUAGUGUCGCAGCUUUUCAUUCACCCUCUCAAGUCUGGCAAAGCGCUGUCUUUGGCUCUCGCAGAAUGCCAGAAAUUCGGCUUUAAGUUUGGAGAUCUGCAGGAUCGGCACUGGAUGGUGGUCACAGAAGACGGUCACAUGGUUACAGGCAGACAGGAGCCUCGUUUGGUGUUGGUGUCUCUGACAUGCGAGGGAGGUCAUGUUUGUCUGAACGGCCCAGACAUGGAGGAGCUGCGAUUCCCCUUCAGACAGACUGACAAACCCGUCAUCGACUGCAGAGUGUUUGGAGCUGACAUUCAGGGACGGGAUUGUGGCGACGAAGCAUCGCGCUGGCUCACUCGUUAUUUGGGGGCUGAGAAAACCUUUCGCUUGGUGCACUUUGAACCCCAGAUGAAGGCUAGGAGGCCGGCAGAGAGCGAGCCUCUUUUCCCAAAAUAUGAGCAGGUGGCCUACCCAGAUUAUGGACCUGUGAUGCUGCUGUCCGAGUCCUCUGUCAAGGAUCUCAGCAGCAAGUUAGAGAAGGAUGUCACGGCGGAGCGCUUCCGCCCAAACAUUGUCAUAAGUGACUGUGAAGCAUUCGAUGAGGAUACAUGGGAAGAGAUCCAGAUUGGCAGCGUGAGACUGCAGCGUGUAAUGUCAUGUGGACGAUGUAUUUUUACCACAGUUGACCCUGAAACGGGUAUUAUCACCCGAAAAGAGCCUCUGGAAACACUGAAAAGCUAUCGUCUGUGCAAACCAUCUGAGAAGCACAUCUACAAAGCGUCUCCGUUGUUUGGACAGCUGCACACUGUGAAGAAGCCGGGAAUCCUGCAGGUUGGCGAUGUGGUGUACAAGAUCAGCCGCUGAAUGAGGGAGUCAGAGAAGGAAGAACAUGCCGACAAACAUAUGGUCAUUUUUUUUUCUAAAGGAGGAAGAAUUCUUUGUUAUCAGCAGUGUCACUUUAUAAUCACUGAACUUAAAUAGAUAUAGUGCUACACAUGAAUAAUAAAGGUAUAGUACACUAAAAUGUAUUAUUAUUGAUUGAAGAUAACAUGAAAAUAAUAAAAAUGCAAGUAAUCAACAGUUUUUUUUAUUGUGGUGGAUUGUAUAAAUUCUAUGUCAGAUGGGUUGUUAAACAAUAAUUGUGCUUGUAUUAAAAAGAAUUCCAAGCAACUGCACAUUGAGUUCACCCGAUAAUUAAAUUCUGAAAGUACAUGCUGCUAUUAAAGAGAGAAAUGAAAACUG